AAAGUACUGAGAUCGAUUCGUUCGACUAAAUGCUUCAUGGCAGCGCCCCAGCAUGACCGCAGUCUGAUGACUGAAACAAGUAAAAGAUGAAAGAUAAACUACCUUUCACAUUUGCCAGCAUCAAUCUCGGUAUUUUUUCUAAUUGGGGACAUAAUUUUUCUCAUUCCCGUUACACCGUUUCAGAUGUAGCAGUUACCUCCCUUAUCGUCAGUUUCUCACAUGAUAAUCAACCACCAAGUACAUAACAGCUUAUUACAGUUUUAUUAAAAAACUUUCAAAAAUUUAUCUAUUUUAAAAAACAGCAACAACAAAGCACACCAAAAAUGGACAAGAAAUAACAAAUACUACUGACACGAAAGAAAAUAUAAAUUUUCUUGCUGAAUUCUCUUUGCAUAACAAUGCCAACUUCUCUUCAAUCCUCUCAUCCUUAUCUUAUUCCUGCUGAUGACCAAUUGAAAUUGGAACCUGUAUCAUUCACUCCCCAAUCUUCACAUGAAGCUUCCAUUUCUACAGAGUUCCCUGCAUUGGAAACCAGAUUUAAUGAAGCUACUUUAGGGAAUGUGACCAUUAACAACAAGCAUUCAUUCGAGAUGAACCAACCAUCUUUUAAUUUACAAAAAAAGAAUGAUGUUAUGGCUUCAACAAUAGCAGCCAAAACAGAAGUGACAUUAUUGAAUGACAUCUCAACCAGUUUUAGUAAUUCUAUACAAAGACUAGAGGGUGAUACAAAAAGGAGUCAGUGUUCAUCAACAGCUAGUAAACACCGCUCUGUUAUUUGCCAGCACUGUUUUAAGGCCUUUUAUCGCACUGCUGAUCUUCGUCUGCAUAUGCGUACCCAUACUGGGGAACGGCCAUUUAAGUGUGACCUUUGCCCCAAAGCAUUUGCACAGACAAGUCACCUGACUAAACAUCGAAGAAUACAUACUGGGGAACGUCCAUACAAGUGUUCAAUGUGUAGUUUAGCUUUCACUCAGUCAAGUAACUUAAAGAAACAUGUAAGGACACACUUCAAGGCAAGCAAUACCUCAAGAAAUGUGAUACAUGGAAACAUUAGCCAAAAUGAUACGACUUCCAACAGUAACAGCAUUCUUACAAAUAUCAACUCUAAAGUCCUUCAUCGUUGUAAGUAUUGCCUGCGUCAUUUCUUCUCCAAUAUAGCUCUCUCAGUUCACAUGAAAAAACACUUACGAACAAAGCGCUUUUCUCCAAUUUCUAUGCCUGGUCAGUUCUCAGUAUCAACAGUUAAUACAUCAAUGAAAGUAAACAAAACCCAUCAAAAUACGAAAGUAAGAAUUCAUAAAAUAAAUUCCAACUCAGCAUCCUUGAAACCACAUUCGGCUAUAUUGACUAAUAACAAUUAUCCUACCUCACUCUCUGUAAAAUCUGCCAACAAUGUCAUUGACUUAUGUGAACCUGAAGGCGAAUCUAAAGUAAGUACCACUUCUGAUUUUGACUUUCAGAUCCGCAGGAAUCAACCCGCAUUUUCCUCAGACCAGUUUUAUUCAUGUAAACUGUGUCCUAUUCAGUUUGUUCGACUAUCUGAUUUCCUCUCGCAUGUUGCUCUUACUCACAAUGAGCUUUUCCAGUGUAAACUGUGUCCUGCUUACUUUGCUCAGUUUUCAGAUUUUACUGACCAUCAACAACUGCACUGGAUGUUUCUUGGACAACAGCAACAACAACAGCAGAAGCAACUUGUAAAUAAGCCAAAGAUUGUGAAAAAUUUUCGAUGUGGUUUAUGCAGAAUGGAAUUUGUUAAAGAAGAUGAAUUUUCCAACCAUCAGUGCCAAAAACAGCUUAGCAGAGAAAAAUAUCAAAGAGUUUCAUCAACAUCAUCUAUAAACUCCAAUUCUUCUUCAGCCACCCAUCAUUCAGAUCAUUUAACUCAAAACUGGAACCAGAGAAUGGAACCCAAAUUAGUUUCUACAAUCAAAGGACGCUUACCGUUGGUUAACAAAGGGCGGAAUUUUCUCAAGGAUGUGUCACAAAGUGCUGCCCGUCAUCGGAAAAUGUCAUUAGGGAGACCUUAUAUUUGUUCACGCUGUGGCAAAGCCUUCCUUCGUCCUGGAGACCUUCGCUUGCAUAUACGCACUCAUACUGGAGAAAAACCAUUUUCAUGUGACCUCUGUCCAAAAACAUUUGCUCAAACAAGCCACCUGACAAAACAUCGGCGAGUCCAUACUGGGGAACGUCCAUAUACAUGUGCUUUGUGUAACCUUGCUUUUACACAAUCUAGUAAUCUGAAAAAACAUGUUCAAACUCACUUUAAAUCUACAACUCUAUGUAAUAAUAAUAAUAGUAGUAAUACUGAUAAUAAUAACAAAACUGGUCAAAUCAGUGAAGGUCUGACCCAAAAGAUAAAUUAUACAAAUGAUCAGGAACUAUCUCAUAACAUCCAGUACACUUCCCCAGAAGAUUCUAGUCUGCCAACCCAACAAUCCCAAACAAUGUUUGUGAAAGAAAAUGAUUCUUUCAAGAAUACUGAACUUAUUGAAAAUCAGCUCAAGCAUCAGUCACCUUCAUCCAUUAUCCCUGAUCUUACAUCCCUAGAGUUUGAAAAUGUAUCAUUUAGUUCCAUCUCCACUACAGGAAACAACUCUGAAAUUACAUCAUCUGCUUGUUCUUAUCCAACAAUUAAAGAUGAUAUAAAAUUGGAUGGUCUCAAUAUCCAGCAGAUUAACAUGAAAGAAGAAAGUGAUGACAUAACAUUAAGAAAAAAUUCACUCUCACCUUCUGCUAGAAGUGACCAAAACCAGUCAGAUAUUCCUUUAGAUGGUGUGAGUAGUUCAAUGUCAUCUUUUCUUGGACGGAUGCUUCCCUGCUUUUCCAAUCCUGAAACCUCAAAAGAUGAAUCCACUGCAGAAUUACAACUUGAAUAUUGUCACAACCAUCAACAACAGACACAUGUGGAAAUUGGCAGCAGCAAAUCUCAUCAAAGCAUAAAACAUCCUUUUAGACCAGAUUCCAACCCUAAUCCAGGCAUAUUAACUGGAUAUGAGGUAAAGCCUACAGCUGAACGCCCUCACCUUUGUACUGAAUGCUACAAAACAUUUAUACGUUCAGCAGAUUUACGCAUACACAUGAGAACUCAUACCGGUGAACGCCCAUUCUGUUGUGAUAUUUGCCCCAAAGCCUUCUCACAAACGAGCCACCUCAUAAAACACAAACGGAUUCACACAGGGGAGCGUCCUUACAAAUGUAACAAAUGCAACCUUAGUUUCACUCAGUCAAAUAACUUGAAAAAACAUAUCAAAGUACACUUGAGAGAACAGAAAUCAAAGCAAACCGAAAGCUGUACAAACCUUUCUGAUUCUUUGAUUCAAGUCGAAAAUCUUGAAGAAAUAAAUCACUCUAACUUGAUUUCUAUCAAGAAGGAAAAUUCUCUAAAUUCACUUUCACUCCUUCAAGACAGCGAAUUCCUUGAUGUAAAUCUCUCAACUCAGGACCCUUUUCAAAGCUUAAAAGGUAACAACGAAAGUGAAAAAUCAAUAAAAGAAGAGAUUACUGAUAGUGUUUGUUUGCCUCAGUGAAUAUUUUCUGCUAGAAAUUAUGUUAAUAACUUUUGUGAGUCUGUGAAAUGCCAGAAGGCAUCUGUAAAUCGAAAAUUUUCUCAUGUAAAAUAAACUUCAACAAAACAAAAUCUACUGUUUAACUUU